AUGCCCUUCAUAUUUUCGGAGCAGAACUCUGGACUGGACUGCACCCACACGCUCGUGUCAAAGCCAGUGUCUUCUGAGGACUUAAGAGAGAAGUCUCAGUCUCAAAAGGCACCCACCCCAGGUGGAUUCCAGAAGAGCGAGGAGGUUCUUAGCUCCCCAGCGUCAUCCAUCACUCUUAGCCAACGUGAGUCUCAACUGUUUACCCAGCUACCCAUGGCCAAGAUGGAGAAGGUGUUUGAGGAGGAUGUUGACUCAACCGGAGCCCUGGGCGUGAAGGCUUUCAUUAAGGCCACGAAGAAGAUUCUGAGCAGUGUGUCGGAUGAGAUGAUGGAGGCGCUGUUUUUGAAGGUGGACACAGACUGUAAUGGCUCCAUCACCUGGCAGAAGUACGUGGAUUACAUGAUGCGUGAGUUCCAGAGAAAGGAGAUGAUGAGGACAAGCCAGUACCGCCUGCGCUUCCACCUCCCCAUGAGGAUCAUCCCCCUGAGCCAUGGAUGUGAGAUUGUGAAGGUGCAGAUUUUAAUCCAGCAGUUCAAGAAGAUUGGGCAUCUCCUGACUGUCACCAAGGACGGGAUCUUGCAGAUCUGGUCUGAGACCUUCUCGCUGAUUAACUCCUUUAGGCUUAACCAGAUCCAGCAGCCCCACCACCAGCAGAUGUGGGUCAUCGACAUGGUCUGUCUCCACAACAUGAACCUGAUAGCGAUUGCAUCUACCGACCAGAAGAUUGAGUUCUUUGAUAUCAGCAACCACAACUGUGCCCGGGCCUUCACCUUCACUGAUCUGGACAGUUGUGUCCUGACCAUAGACUACUGGUCUGACUGUCACAGAGGUGUGUUCUGCUAUGGGGACACCAAAGGCAAUGUCAUCGUCUUCACCUCCAGCAAUGUGACCCACGGGCUGUUCAACCCCCGAAUCCUCCCCAGGACCUCCAAAUGGGAUCACUGGACCAACGUUUCCGCACGGAAGCUCCUAAAUGAAAAGUCCCCUUUGUAUAGAAGUUACUGGCUGAAAGCUCUUCAUCCCAACUGGUGCCAGCAGGUCAAGUUCAUCCCCCAGCUGAACAUGGUGGCCUCCUGCUCAGCCAUUGAGAAGUCCUCUCUGGUGCUGACCUUAUUGCCGUCCAAAGGUCUAGAGAGCCCCAAGUUUUCAGUGCUGAACUUAAGAAAAGGGAUUCUUUGCUUUGAUUACUGCCCAGACAAGAACUUGGUGGUGACUGGCGGCUACGACCCCCUCAUCCGCCUGUGGAACCCCUUCUUCUCAAAAAGGCCCAUGUGGCUGAUGAAGGGGCAUCAGACCUCCGUGACGCACAUCCUCAUGAACAGCAAGAACAGCAGCAUCCUCUUCAGCAUCUCCAAGGACAAGAAUAUCCGCGUGUGGGACAUGCAAGACUACAUAUGCCUUCAGUCCUUUUGUGGGAAGCUCUUUGCCCUGGGCAACUGCCCCAUCACCAGCGCCUACUUCCACGAGAACGAAGACAGCCUCGUCUGCACGACCUACUCAAUUGGGAUCCUAAAAGGCUACUUGGAGACCAAGGGGCCUGGGAAAGCAGGGGAGAAGACCUCGACUUACAGCACACCCCUGUGCGCCAUCCUCUACAGUAAGAUUUUUAAGCAGGUAGUGAGCGGCUGCCUGAGCAGCUUGGUGACAGUGUGGGAGAUCACGACGGGCAGGAGGAUGAUGGAGUUCUGUGUGACGGGGGACCAGCACGUGGAGCUGACCACCAUGUGCCUGGAUGAAUCAGAGCGGCGCCUGCUUACGGGUUUGUGCGACGGCACCAUAAAGAUGUGGAACUAUGCCGUUGGCGAAUGCCUGCUGACCUUCCCCAACCCGGACCAGCUGGAGGUUAGUGGGAUUGUCCACAUGAACAAGGUGUUCUACGUGACAGGAUGGAGUAAGAGAAUCACUUGUUUCACGCUCCACGAGACCAAGCCGAUGCUUCGGUGCCACCACUGGCAGAACUUCCACAAGGAAGAUGUCCUGAGCAUGGCCAAGUACCAGAACCAGUUCCUCGGGACCUCCUCCUACAACGGGGACGUCCUCCUCUGGAACGCCAACCUGUUCAAGCCCAUCCUCAAUUUCAACGCCUCUAAGAGCCCCUUGCCUUUGCUGCCCAAGAAGAUCCAAGAAGUGAACGACUCCCCGGCAGAGGGUUUCAGGUCCAGCAGGACCUAUGCGGAGCCCAAGAAGUGGGCACACAAAGCCCCCACACAGCCCCCGGACCCCAGGGCCAAGACUGCGGCCAACGCCCACCUACAGCGGAAUGUGAUGUCAGCUCCCCCAGUGAUGAAACGCCCCAGAGACAGGGAGCCAGAGAGGCCCGUGCCUCCGCAGAAACCUCUCAGUGCUGAAAGCCCUAAGCCGUUUAGAAUACCCUAUGGCAGACAGUCAGUUCUCAGAGAUGCUCAAAGGAGAGGAGGGGAGUUCCAGAAGAAGGUUCUGCUGCAAUCCAAUGCAUCGGUGGAGAAGAUCAUCUUCCUGCAGACCAGGCCUCGCCUGCCACACAUAGCCACCCUGCUGAGCAGCUGCGUGGAUGGCCACAUCUAUGCCUGGUCCAUCCAUGGAGGCGGAGGUCUGCUCGGGAAGUUCCCUGUGGACUUCGAAGACAAGGGGGAUGUGGUUGUGGGCGCCAUGGCCACUGAUGAAAAAGACUUGAUCCUCGUCACAGGGGAUUGUAAAGGAUACAUCAAGAUCUGGGACAUCAAAGAUUAUUGCACAUUCAGUGACAAGUGUCCACUUAAACCCAAUGGAACAAGCAAGUUCCAGUUCUUAAUUCCUGAACGGGUCCAGAUCAACCUUCCACACUACAUCCCCUUGAAGGAGAAGGAGGUUGUGGCUGGCCAGACCAUUUCCUUGGUUCCUCCCAAGCUUCUGAAUACCUGGAAGGACCAUUUGGACAGUGUGGCAGACAUCCUAUAUGUAGAUACCUUCCAGCUGGUUAUCAGUGCUGGCCAGGACUGUAAUGUCAAGGCUCGGAAACUCUCCGGUGACACCGUUGGGACGUUCGGCCUGAGUGUCUGGAAAAGGCUGCGGGAUAUUCAGAUGGUUGGUGAUCCUGAACUGAGAAGAAACUCAAAGGAGGAGGAUGACACUGUAGUUGCUGCCCAGAAGGCCUUCCAUUCAGAGCUGCAGGAGGAGCGGGCUCUGGCCGAGGCCCUGGUGUACCAGCGGCAGGAGGAGGCGGCACUCGUGGCUCUCCUGAAUGGGAAGCCAGACACGGAGGCUGAAGCUUGGGCCAACCUGCAGAAGAUAACCCAGACGUCCCCGUGGGCUGGAGAGCGCUCCCAGGAAGACGUUGAGAGCAGCUGGUGCAAGUGGGAGUCCAAGGGCAAGCAGGUGAGCAAAGUUGUGGGAGCCGCGUACAAGCCUAAGGACCGGUCACGGAGUCCUGGACUCCAGUCCACCAACGUGCAGUAUGGCUGGAUGAAGUACCAGAUUUCACCUCAGAUCUACCAAAGCCUGCACUUCAACAACCUGUCGCCCACCCACAUGUCUGACCUCGUGUUGCACAACGUCCUGGGGCAGCAGGGCCAGCGCACCCACCCGGUGACCCACAACCGCCAGAAGGACCCGGAUGCUGACAGGGAGACUGUGCCCAACACCACGACCAGCUCGCCCACUGCCUCCCUCUCUCCCAGAGACUCCCUCUCCUGGACAGCCUCAGGCUCCAGGUUCCUGGAGUCCUCCCCCUCGGUCUUGUCCCAGGCAUCCAGGUACAUCGUGCAGAGGUCGGCCACCCCCAUGCCUGUUGCCUCGUCCGUCAAGCAGCUCUCAAGACCCCCGAAUACCACCCUUCUGUCCUCCAUGAAUAGUUCCCGCAUCGGGUUCUGA